AUGACUUUCCCUUUCGUGCUUAAAGCUUGCUCAGCCGCUGGAGCUGUCGAAGAAGGGAAGCAGGUUCACGGGUUGGCGUCUAAAUUUGAGAUGGGUUGUGAUACUUUUGUGCAGAACGGUUUAAUUAAUUUGUAUACGAAGAGCGGGCUUUUGCGGGAUGCGGUUAAGGUGUUUCAUAGAAUGCCUCAACGAGACAUUGUGUCCUGGAACACAGUGAUUGGCGGGUUUGUUGGCUUGGGUAUGAUGGAUGAAGCUAGGGAGUUGUUUGAUGUUAUGCCGGAGAGAAACAUGGCUUCUUGGAACUGUUUGAUUGAUGGGUACGUUAAGCAUGGGUCGAUGGAUAUUGCGCAGGGUUUGUUUGAGAGGAUGCCCGUAAAGGAUCGGAUUACGUGGAACACAAUGAUUGGUGGGUACGCGAGUUACGGUCACUUGGAAGAGGCCUGUAAAUUGUUUAGGAAAAUGCCGAUGGAAUUGAAGGAUUUGGUCACUGUGAAAGUGAUGAUUGAUGGGUGCUCAAGAGGUUCGAGAUUUGAGCAAGUGUUGAAACUUUUCAAUGAGAUGCUUGGGUUGGAGAUCAGGCCGGAUAAUUUUACGCUUGUGGGCACGCUUACUGCUUGUUCACAACUAAUGGCAUUGGAGCAAGGGGAAUGGGUUCAUUCUUAUAUUGAUAGGUAUAAUAUUAGACUGGAUGCAGUGUUGGGGACUGCACUGUUAGAACUGUAUGCGAAGUGUGGGAAUAUUGAGAAAGCCCUUGAUGUGUUUAGUCACAUGGACGAGAAAGAUAUUAGCGCGUGGAAUUCUAUAAUCUCAAAUCUUGGCAUUAACGGUAAAGGGGAACAGGCAUUAGAAUUCUUCUCCAAAUUGUUGGAAACCUCCAUAGAGCCAGAUGAGGUCACCUUCUUAAGUGUUCUAAGUGCUUGUCGGCACUCUGAUGAGCAACGUGUAUGGUAUAGCACCUAA